CGGAUGGGUUUUUUUUUACCAAACAGGAUUCUACUGGGUAAACCCUAAAGCGCAUCAUUGUUCCAAAAAACUGAGCAACUCCAUUCCAGUUCGCCAUCGUUUCUCCAAUCAUUCUUCCAGAAACCAACCACUGAUCAAUCUGUUUGUUCUUCAAUUGCGGGAUAAGGAUUUUUUCUUUGAGAUUAAAAAUGGACGAUACAAUGAAGCAAUUUCAAGAAAAACUAAUUGAAAUCGAGACAGAAGCAGAGAAUCUCCUACUUGCACGACACGAGUUAGUUGAGAUUGAUAGAAUGAGAAAUGGGAACAGGGAAGCGUUAACUGCAUUAAGGAAGCGGGCCCGGACCACAGUAACUAGUGUCCCUUCACCGUUCGAGUUGGUGAUGAAAGAAAUUGAUGAAUCAAGGCCUUUAGUUAAGGAGAUUUGUGCAACUUGCGGGAAUCACGAUUCUAAGGAAAAAACAUGGAUGAUGUUUUCCGGAACCGAUAUAUUUGCGCGGGUCCCGUUUCAUGCAGCCCAUACCAUCUUGGAGAAAGAUCAAACGAAGCUAGACUACGAUGUUAAGAAGCUACAAAGUUAUGUAAAAGAGAAGUCUUUUUUUAUAUCGGAACAAGGUGUUCUUGCUGACAAGAUCGGUCCAGGAGUUUUGAAGUCGAUGGUCACAUUACAAGACAAACCAAAGUGAGUUGAAAGUUUACACAGAUGCCCAACAAACAGGAAAUGUAUAAAUUUCUAUUUGAUUAAUCGCUUUGCUAGGUUCAUAUA